CCGGAAGUUGUUGGUUGGCACCGAAAACGAACCAACUCGUUGAUCAGUACGGCGCCGCACCACUUCUACUGCUCGCAAUGACGUCGAUCCUCGUGCCCAAGCUGCAAGUACACACGACAUCGUCGGCCAGCGCCAAGACUUUUGUCUUUCACAAUGAAGACCAUACGCUUGGCAACGCCGUGCGGUACAUGCUCAUGCGAAACCCCGACGUGAACUUUGCCGGGUACACGAUUCCGCACCCGUCGGAGCCAAAGAUGCACGUGCGCGUUCAGACCGUGCCAUCCAAGACAGCAAACCAAGCGAUUCGAACGGCGCUGACAGACUUAAAGGCCGUCUCGCAGCAUGUGGACAAGGUGUUUGCGAAGGAGCUCAAGUCGUUCAAAAAGAAGCAAGGCAAGCAGCCUUAGCUUCCAGCAUUCGUCCGUUCCACUGACAUGAACCAGCCAUUAUACUAAUACCCCUUUGCUUUCAAUCUCUUAUCGUUCGACCGCCACUUUCGAGUUGCUUCGGCGAAACCGUGCUUUCAGCGUGUGCUUCAUCUGGGAAAACUUGGAAAUGCCGUCGCCCGUAGUCGGAAGGCGGCCACGCGACGCCCUCGCUUCCAGCGCCCUCGUUGCCGUGACUAGCGAGUUCCGCAGCGUGAUGACCAUGCCAUGGGACUCGCCCAAGUACUUGGCUGCUACUUCCGCGCCCUUCCGGUACGAGUGAAUGCUGAGCUCGAGCUUUUUCAGAAACUCCUGCUCGACACCAACGUUGUGGUACGCUAUCCCGAGCACCGCGAUGCGGUCCAGUUUGACGCUUGCAUCUGCGACUGGCGAUCCGUGCUGAUUGCCCGGGGUUGGUGCUGAGAAGAGCUCUUCGUGGAGCAGAAUGAGAGCGGCCUGGGCCUGUUCCAAAGCCCCUUGAUGCCGACCAAGUUGCGACAACACCGCGCACAUGUUCAAGUGCGUGUCGGCGCGGUUCGGGACAUGCUCAAGCUUGGCUUCGAUCGCCAAUGCUUCUGUCAGAUGCGUUAGGGCCUUGUGGAGGUUGCCCUGGCGACGGUAAUAGCAUGCAAAGUUGUUGAGGGUCACGGCGCGGCCAGCCGGAUGGCGCUCCGUGAGGAUCUCGGCCUUCUUGAGCAAUUCUAACACGAUGGGAAAGUUUUCCUGCUGCAAGUACGUCAUGGCGAGGAGGUUGCACAUGUCUCCGACAGUCUUGCACGCGUCGCGAACUUCGGGACUGUCCGAGCCAAAGAAGUGCUGGCGCAGCACGAGUCCCUUCUCCAUGCACUCGAGGGCUUCCGUGUACUUGCCUUCUUGUUGCAGCUCCGUGCACUUGGUGUCGAGUCGUUGCAGCGCAUACAGCUCCUGGUCCUCCACGGCGCCGCCGUCGUUUUCAUGGGAAUCGUCGUCGUGGAUUUCUUCCAGUUGGAGGUCGUUGGCGCCGCCGCUGCUGGCCAUGUUCGUCGUGCCAGUGCGACGGUCAUUUCGUCGUUACGUGGGC